ACGUUCAAGCCACAGCAUUUCCUACAAAGUUAAAAAACAAAGCUCAAAGCUAAGAUGUCAGCUAUGGAGUUCGGUUUCCCAGUUCUUCGACGAGGAAGAACCAUGUCAAGGUUGUUUAGUUUUGAUCACUGCAAUGAAUUUUCACGCGCAAAGCCUGCAGCUCAAGUUGUGGAAAUCCGUUCAACAGAGCAAUGGAAAGCCUAUUUUGAUGCCUCCAAAGGAAACAACAAACUGCUGGUGAUUCAAUUCACAGCAACAUGGUGCGGGCCUUGUCGAUUCAUGGAUCCAGCCAUCAAAGAGUUUGCUGCUACAUACACAGAUGUUGACUUUAUCAAGAUUGAUGUGGACAAGUUGAUGUUGGUGGCUAUGCAAUUUGAGGCGAACUCAUUACCAGCAUUUGUGCUCGUGAAGAAAGGGAAAGAAGUUGACAGAGUUGUAGGGGUCCAGAAGUUAGAACUGCAGAUCAAGAUUGAACAACACAGGAUAUGAUUAUAUAUUUGCUAAUUAAUUAUAAUACGAUGCUUUAUGGCACUGGGAGAUCAUGCAGCCCUUUAAAAUCUACCAUAGAGACCAACUGAAGAUAAUCUACAGAAGAAAAAAGAAAAAUAAAAGUCAACAGACGAUGACCUUCGCCUUUUUGUUGAGACUAAACUAGCACGCACUUAAAUUUUGUUGCUAAAAUAUAUUCCCUCUCAAUUGUUGGACUUUGUAUCGAGUGGGUUCUUUAAGAAAAGAGAGAAAUUUGCUUAACCAUAUUCAGAAGUUUGAUCAAUAAACGAAUCUUAGGCUCUA